AUGUAUACCCCACAAUGGUGGUCUGUGUCUGACAACCGGGGUGUCUUGUCACUAAUAUUCCAAGCCUCCUAUCCCAGAGCGUGGCUGUGGCAUGGUGGAAAUGUUAUUGGUGCAUGGGCUCAAUCCGAGUUCCCCGGGCAGGAAGCAGUCAAGGUAAGGCUGGCUUGCACUCUGGACCUUAUUGUGUCUCUCGCUAGAUUCCAUAAAGAGAGACCUUGCACCCACCCUUCUCCCAUCCUCUUAUUCUCUACACACGUCAGAAACAACGCCAGCUGGCAUGGGAUCACAGAAUCCCAAUUUCAACCAUUUCCUUUGCCCCCGUUCCAAAAGGCUUUUUAG